AUGGCAUUCCUGCUCGGAGCAGGACUUGGUGCUAACGAUGUGUCAAAUACGUUCGGAACUUCCGUUGGAAGUGGAGUCGUCACUAUUGUACAGGCUUAUAUUCUGGCUUCUAUAUUCAUCACUCUUGGAUCUGUACUCGUAGGUAAAAAAUGUUAUCAUAUCACUUUGUUUCUCAGUGCUUGUGUUUUGUACAGAGACAGGAUCCUGAUGCCGGUUUCAACCACUCACGCUAUGGUUGGAUCCACACUCGGAUUCACGUUGGUUCUACGUGGAACGGAAGGCGUAAACUGGGAUGAGAUAUACCGAAUAAUCGCGUCGUGGUUCCUCUCGCCAGCUCUCUCAGGACUUAUCUCUGGAAUCCUUUACUUGAUCGUGGACAUUGCCGUACUACGACGGAAUCAUCCGUUUGAAUGUGGUCUUCGAUCGCUUCCGGCUUUUUACUUCUUCGUGAUCGCCUUCAACGUUUUAAUGGUCACAUGGGACGGAUCAAAACUCCUUCACUUCAACCGUAUCACUUUUUGGGGAGCAGCGCUGAUCUCGGUUGCUAUUGGAUCACUAGCUGCGUUGCGUAAUAACUUCGUAAUAGAGACUGGCUCCACUCCUCAAGUUUCAGCUCUACUCCUCAAAUUUCAGCCUCCACAACUGUGGAUAUCGAAAGUGUUCGUACCAGCUCGUUCAAGACAGUGCAAUUGUGAUCGGCUGAGUAGCCCAGCAAGCUGCAGCUCGGGACCGAUGGACCUGCGUCAGAGAGCACGCCUUCUUGUGAAAGGGCUCCUGCCGAAUGUGGAACGAGUCGACGAUGAGAAAACGAUCCAGCUUUUCUCCUGGAUUCAGAUUUUCACCGCAUGUUUCGCCGGAUUCGCGAUUGGAGCUAAUGAUGUGAGUAAUGCAAUCGCUCCGGUUGCUGCGUUGGUUUCCAUCUACAAAGAUCAGAACGCCAGGCAGGAAGCAGAGGUUCCCAUAUACGUGCUGUUGUUUGGCUGUGCUGGCAAUUUGUUUUGGUCUGUGGACGCUUGGUUACCGUAUCAUUGGCACGGUCGGAAGCCGAGUGUCUCACAUCAAUCCAGCGAGCGGUUUUACAAUCGAGUUUGGUGCAGCGAUGACGACACUCAUUGCCAGCAAACUGGGACUGCCAAUCAGUACAACGCAAUGCCUGGUAAGAGAAUAGAUGUUAUUAAUAAACAACCAAAAGCAUCUGUCAACUGCCUGAUCAAAUUCCCGGAG